GAGACAGCGGUGCGUGGAGAUGACAGCAGCGGGACGAGCAUGUUGCAGACCCGCGGAGAUCAGCGACGUGUUUGGCGUUUAAAACGGGACUAAUUCUGGAUUCAAUGUAUUUGCAAUUCCUAACCAGUGAUGAGUUGGCUCCUGUUGUGGAUUCUAAUAGCAGCCGGGAUUCAACAGGCCUACUCCCAGAAUUCCACUGCCAUGCCGCCCGCCGCAGCUGUCACACCCAUGGCCAUGGACGCGUACAACCGGACACAGUACUGCAAGUGGCCGUGCGAGUGUCCCAAGGCCCCGCCCACCUGUCCCCCAGGUGUGAGCCUCCUCAUGGACGGCUGUGACUGCUGCAAGACCUGCGCCAGGCAGGUGGGUGAGGAGUGCAACGAGGCAGACACAUGUGACUACCACAAAGGACUGUACUGUGACUACAGCUCGGACAAGCCGAGGUACGAAAAAGGAGUGUGUGCAUAUAUGGUGGGCACAGGCUGUGAGUAUGACGGGGUGAUCUACCGUAACGGGCAGAGCUUCAAACCCAGCUGUAAAUACCAAUGUGUGUGUGUGAACGGUGCCAUCGGCUGUGUGGCACUGUGCACAGAGUCCCAGCCGCCCCGGGUGUGGUGCCAAACCCCGCGCCGGGUCAAGGUUCGGGGGCAAUGCUGUGAGCAAUGGAUCUGUGAUGAGCCCAAAAAAGGGCGCAAGACUGCCCCGCGACAUGCAGUAGAGGCUUUCCCAGCUGAGACCAGGAGUUGGCAUAAGAACUGCAUCACCCAGACUACUUCAUGGAGCCCCUGCUCGAAGACCUGUGGCCGGGGCUUGUCCUUGAGAAUCUCCAACGCCAACGAUCAGUGCGAGUUGGUCAAAGAGUCUCGUCUGUGCAACCUGCGGCCCUGUGAGGUCGACAUCACCAAGCACAUCAAGCCAGGGAAGAAAUGUCUGAACAUCUACCGAGAGGAACAGCCCUCCAACUUCACCAUCUCUGGCUGCAUCAGCAAGAAGCAGUACAGACCCAAGUACUGCGGCGUGUGCACCGAUGAGCGAUGCUGCAUUCCCUAUAAGUCCAAAACCAUCGACGUGGAGUUUGAGUGUCCCAACGGCACGGGCUUCACUUGGCAGAUGAUGUGGGUGCAAGCCUGCUUCUGCAACCUCAGCUGCAAAAACCCCAAUGACAUCUUUUCUGAGCUGGAGAGUUACUAUGGUUACCCAGAGGUCAUGAACUAAGAGCAGUCA